AGCCAGCAGCAACCAACUGUACAAGAGCCCACUGAUCGCAUACUAUCACCCCCAACACUCGGGAUUAUUGGUGAAUCCUGACCCCGUCACAAUAGGCCAUUAAGGUAUGUACAGGUAUCUCACCUUGUUCCGGUGAGUGUGUUGAUAUUUAAAACAUAGGCAAACGUUUUUACAAUGACGCGCUCCCAUAAAGUAAAUGAUCGUGACUAUUCCAUACUUCAUGAUGGAAUAGCUGUAUCUCAAGAGCAUCUUCCUCGCUACCUUGCAAAGUCUGGCCCCGUUGAUGCUGAUCCCCGAAAGACAAAAAAAGAUGGCGGGGGGAAGAGGAACUGGGGUCGGUCGGGCGACGAAGUCCACGACUAUGAUUACACAUUCACAAACGCUCGGCGCCAUUCGAAUAGUAGCACUCAAGGAAUAGCGGAUUUUCAAACGAAGUUUGAGACGAUUGAGCCAGAGCCUGUGUUCGAAGAAAGCUUCCACAGGGUGCAAGAUGAGGCGAGUUCUGCGGAUGGAAACAAUGUGAUUAAUGUUGACAGAGCUACUAACCUCGGUAAGACACUGGUAUAACAGGGUCAUGAACUGUAUCCCAUAUGUGUGUUGGGAAUGCUGCAACUAUUUUCACCAAAUCCCUAGCAGUAGAUUUUGUGCGGCAGAAUUUAAACUCAUUGCGAACAAGAGAAAAUGCUAUUCAUAAUUCAGAAUGUCUUAAC